AUGUCCCGCUUCCUUGCCCGAUCAGGUGAUCGCUGCCUCCCCUUCUUCAGGGCGCUGAAGAACCCAAAAGUCUCUCCCGGGGAGAAGCUAAGCGUCUACCUGGCUGCCUCCCCGCACGCAGUAAGCUCCGUCCUGGUUAAGGAAAAUUCCGGCGAGCAGCUCCCGGUCUACUAUGUCAGCCACGUCCUCAACGGUCCUGAGGAACGAUACCCACCGAUCGAGAAGCUAGCGCUCGCGCUCAUAUUGUCCGCCCGGAAGCUACGCCCCUAUUUUCAGGCUCACCCGGUGGAAGUCGUCACGGACCAGUCGCUUCGACAGGUCUUGUCUAAGUUCGACGUUGUAGGAUGGCUUCUCAAAUGGGCAGUGGAGCUUGGCGAACAUGACAUUCAAUACAUGCCCAGGACAGCUAUCAAAGCCCAGUCCAUGGCCGACUUCAUCGCGGAGUUAACCCAGAUCGGGGAUGAAAGCCUCGGACAGCCCCCCGAGACUUGGGUCCUGCACGUCGACGGAUCAGCCAACUCAAAAGGUGCUAGCGCGGGACUGGUGUUGUACGCUCCCGACGGGCGGUCUUUCAAACGCUCCCUCCGCUUCGGGUUCCGGGCCACCAACAACGAGGCGAAAUAUGAGGCGCUUCUAGCAGGACUCAGGUUGGCCCUCGAGAUGCAGGUGGUCGCCAUCCGCGUCCUCACCAACUCCCAGCCGGUGGCCGAGCAACUCAGCGAGGGAUACGAGGCCCGCGACCCGACCAUGGUGAAAUACCUGGCACAGGUAAAGAACCUGACCACCAAGUUCCUUCAUUUUACAUUAUCUAACGUCCCAAGGGGAGAAAACGAGCGCGCCGACACACUAGCUAAGUUGGCAUCGAAACCAGCCCCCGAAGUCAGGCCCGAGGUCGACGAGCUACCUGCCCGCGCCAUCGAAGUCGCGGCCACAGCCUCGGGUAGCACGCCUACUACCUGGGUACAAGAGCUGCUCCGUUUUAAACGGGACGGAACUCUCCCGCCCGACAAAGCGACGGCAUGGCGCCUACGUCGCACGCAUGCAUGGUACACCGAGGAGGGUGGACGGCUCUACAAGCGGUCCUUCUCGUACCCCCUUCUACGGUGCUUGGAGCCCGAUGAAGCCCGGACCGUCCUGGCUGAGGUCCACGAAGGGAUCUAUGGAGAACACAUCGGCGGGCGGACCCUGGCACAUAAAGUACUCCGCCAAGGUUACUACUGGCCGACCAUGUGUCGGGACGCAAAGGCCCAUGUGCAAUGGUGUCGCUCAUGCCAAGAACACGCCCGCACACCCCGGCUGCCCGCAGUCCCGUUAACCCCCAUCGACUGCGCGUGGUCGUUCGCGCAAUGGGGUUUGGACCUCCUCGGUCCCUUCCUCCUAGCUGCGGGACAGUGGAGAUACAUCGUCGUAGGCGUAGAUUAUUUUACAAAAUGGGUAGAGGCCGAGCCAUUGGCGACAAUCACGGAACGACAAAUAGAGAAGUUCGUGUGGAAGAACUUGGUAACUCGGUUCGGCCUGCCGAACACCAUCAUCACGGAUAACGGGCCCCAAUUUGCUGGUCGGAAAUUUCGGGAGUUCUGCGCAAACCACGGAAUCCAGCUAAGGUUCAACUCGGUGGCUCACCCUCAGACAAAUGGCCUGGCAGAGGUGACCAACCGGUCCAUCCUAGACGAGCUCAAAAGAAGAGUGUCCGCGACUCGAUCAACUUGGACAGACGAACUCCCGAGCGUACUAUGGGCGCUACGUACCACUCCCAAAACUGCAACGGGGGAGUCCCCUUACAUCCUCGCGUUCGGAGUUGAAGCUGUCCUCCCACCCGAGGUAGCCAUCGCCACCUUUCGAACACGAAGCUACGACGAGGAAGCCUCGGGCGAAGGACUUCGAGCCGACCUCGAUCUGCUGGAGGAGCGACGCGCCGACGCACACGUAAGAGCCCUCUCUUAUAAAAGAGCGGUCGCGAGGGUUUACAACCGAAAGGUAUGA